AUGAGAGAAGCUCCACCUACUCAAUGUACCGAUCAUGAAUUCUCUGAGCUUAACACAAUUAAUUCAAAUGAGAAGACUAUAGGUAAUAAUCAGAAAGUAUCAGAUAACACAGUCAGAACUAGUUCUACUACUGUUGAUUUUAAUAGUAAUAAGGGUAAAACUAUUAUUGGUCACCGUUGUAAUUGGCCAUCACCAUCAGCUUGUUUUUACUGUAAACCAUGUAAUAAACUUUUAUGCGCUGAAUGUAGCGGACAUUUCUCAAUGUCAUCUAAAGGUAAAGAACAUGAAAAUCAUGUUGUAUUAUCAUUGGAAAAGGCUGUUCAUGAUGCUAAACUUGAAAUUAAUAAGCAAAUUGAUCGAGUUAAACGGAACAAUUCACAAUUCGAAGAUUAUUUACGUCAUCUAAUUAAAUACGGUCAUGAACUUGGUGAAACAGAAUUGAACAUAACUAAUCAAAUUCAAAAUAGAGCUGAACAAUUGAAAAACGAAAUUGAUCAAAUAGCUAAUAAACUAACUAAUCAAAUUGACAAAGAAAUUGGGAAUGAAAUGAAGCUAAUUGGCCAAUGUGCAGGGUCCCUGUAUCCAUUAAUUGCCCAAUGUGAAGUAGCCUGUCGAUAUGCUAAUGCACUGAAGGAUUUUGGAAGACCAGAAGAAGUACUUUUCUGUUUUGAUCAAGUAAACGAACAACUGAGCUAUUUGGGACAAAAGAAAAUUGAGUAUUUAGGAGCACGUAUAAAAACAUAUUUCAAAAAUGGCGGUUAUAGUUAUUGUGAAGAUGGGAUAGAAACAAAAAGUCAAACAUUCAAUUCAUCAUAUUUAUUCGGAAGUAUUGAAUCUGAAAAAAUUGUAGAGGAAUUUUCAAAAAAUGAAAUUAUCAAUCGUUCAGCUAUUCAUAAACAAAAUGAACUUAAAUUAGAGCUUAGUAUAUAUACUUAA